AAAUAUGAUACGACUGACAUGCAACAUAUGAAUCUGAAAACAGCAAACAAUCCACAGUGUGCAUUUCCCUUGAGAAUCCCAAGUGUUCACUUUAACCAUAACCCUAACAUACGUGUAACCUCACUGCAUCUCUAUAUUUAUAAACAUUUUUGCCACUCAAAUUCUCCAUUGAACACUAAAUUUUCUCCUUCAUCAUCACCAUGUUCUCAUCAAAAUCCUUCUUACACUUCUUCAUCUUCUACCUUACAACACCACUAACCCUUCUCAAAACCUUCCACUUCAACGACAUUUUUACCCUCACUCGAGCUUCAUUAUUUUUCGCUAUAAUCGACGCCAUCUUCUCUAUUUUCUUCAAACUAUGCGGCCUUACAUCAAUCACAGUCGACAUUGACGAUCAAACCACUCUGCAUUUCUGGGUUUCCCGUCACCGGAAGUUCAAAAACCCUAAUUUAGUCAUGAUCCACGGUUACGGAGGCGAUGCGCGGUGGCAGUUUCUGUACCAAAUAGGGUUUCUAGCGACCAAAUUUAACAUCUACAUGCCUGACUUAGUGUUCUUCGGGAAAUCUUAUUCGAACCGGACCGAUCGAACCGAUGAGUUUCAGGCAAAAUGUGUAGUAGAAGGGCUGAGGAGAUUGGGUGCGGGUAAGUACUCGGCGUACUCACUCAGCUAUGGCGGUUACGUGGCGUAUCGGAUGGCUGAGAUUUGCGGGAAGGAUGAGAUGGAGAAGCUGGUGAUUGUGGGGAGUGGGGUAGGGUGGAAUAAUGAAGAUGAAAAAAGGGAGAUGCUGAUGAAGAUUGGGAGAGAUGCGAAGGAGUUGCUUGUACCGGAUAAUCCCCGAGAUCUACGGCUGUUAGUGAAGCUGGGAGUUUUUAGAAGGAAGCCGUUGAGAUGGGUUCCUGAUUUUGUUCUUCAGGAGUUUCUUAAUGCGAUGGGAAAUCAUCACAGGAAGGAGAAGAUGGAGCUGGUUGAGUACUUGUUGGCUACAAAACCAGACUCGCAACUCGCUAUUCUGACUCAGGAAACACUGGUAAUAUGGGGUGAUCAGGACAAUGUUUUCCCAGUAUGUUUGGCCUAUCAAUUACAGAGGCAUUUGGGAUUAAAAUCAAGGGUAGAAAUAAUAAAGGACACAGGACAUGCUGUAAAUAUUGAAUCCCCUCGUGCUUUGAAUAGGCUAAUUACAUCUUUUCUUCUACUGUAAAUUUCAAUCUCAAAUUGUUAGUAAUUUUUAAGCAUGUAAAAUAUAAGUGUAUCAA